UGGUACUAAUUUUAACUUGCAAACCAUGAAGACAAAGACACAUGCGCCAUAUGAGGCCCAUCUGCCAAUUUGUACGAGGCCCAUCUCCCACGACAAAUGAAAACCCUAAUCUCCAGCACCCCAGCGGCCGCCAGCGCUCCCGCUCCUUGCUCGCCUCCACCCGCGGCCACCACCGCCCUGCGGCCCCCGCCGCUUGCUAGCCUCCACCGCGCCGCGAGUCACGCCGUUCAUGCACCGGCUGGUCCUGGAGCACGGGAGGACGAGCAUGUCCUGGUUCGGCCCCAGCCCCAAGGUGACCAUCGUCGACCCGGACCUGGCCAAGGACGUGCUGUCCAACAAGUUCGGCCACUUCGAGAAGCUCAAGGUCCCGGCGCUGUCCAAGAUGCUGGGCUCCGGCGUGGCCAGCCACGAGGGCGAGAAGUGGGUCAAGCACCGGAGGAUCCUCAACCAUGCGUUCCAUCUUGAGAAGCUCAAGCGCAUGCUGCCGGCGUUUUCUACGUGCUGCGAGGAGCUGGUGAGCAGGUGGGCGGCGGAGUCCCUUGGCUCCGACGGCUCGUGCGAGCUGGACGUCUGGCCGGAGCUGCAGAACCUGACGGGAGACAUCAUUUCUCGCACCGUGUUCAGCAGCAGCUACAGCGAAGGGAGAAGGAUCUUCCAGCUACAGGUCGAGCAAGCUUCGCUUGUCAUGACCAACAUUCGGAAGAUCAUGAUCCCCGGCUACAUGUACUUGCCUACCGCGAACAACAGGAAGAUGCGCAGGAACAACAGGGAGGUGGAGUCAAUCCUGCGAGAGAUAAUCGGGAAGAGGAUCCAGGCGAUGGAACAAGGCGAGGGCACCAAAGACGACCUGGUGGGUCUACUGCUGGAGACAAACAUGAGAGACGACAUGGGGAUGACGAUCGAAGACGUGAUCGAGGAGUGCAAGGUGUUCUACUUCGUCGGGAUGGAGACCACGUUGGUGCUGCUCAUGUGGACGAUGGUGGUGCUCAGCAUGCACCCGGAGUGGCAGGACCGCGCGAGGGAGGAGGUGACGGCUCUGUUCGGCAGGGACGACAAGCCCGAGUAUGACGGCCUAAGCCGCCUCAAAGUCGUGACCAUGGUGCUCUACGAGGUGCUCCGACUGUACCCGCCGGCCACCUCCGUCGUCCGACAAACGUACAAGGAGAUGGAGGUCGGAGGCGUCACCUACCCCGCCGGCGUGAUCCUGGAGCUGCCCGUGCUGCUCAUCCACCACGACCCGGACAUCUGGGGAGGCGACGCGCGCGAGUUUAGGCCCGAUAGGUUCUCCGAGGGCGUGUCCAGGGCCUCCAAGGACCCCGGCGCGUUCCUCCCGUUCGGUUGGAGCCCGCGCAUCUGCAUCGGCCAGAACUUCGCGCUGCUGGAGGCCAAGAUGGCGCUCUGCAUGAUCCUCCAGCGGUUUGAGUUCGGGCUCGCGCCAUCCUAUGCUCAUGCGCCGCAUACCAUGAUAACCUUGCAUCCUAUGCACGGUGCGCAGCUUAAGCUCAGAGCAAUAUGAUCUCGACACGAUGGGUGUCCCAUCGUUGAUGCCAUUGUUAUGUAUAACCUUACAAUUCAGAUAGGCAUUCGGCCCUGUUAAUGUCUGAAAUAAGUAUCUUCGCGUUGGCAUUUUGUAAUGUGCUUUUCACGUACCAUUGGUGCUUUAUUGCCUUUUGUAUAUAAACAUGUGGAUAUAUGUAACUCAUACAUUACACAAACAAACACAAACACACCAGAGCCAGAGCUAUAGGGUGGAGCUAUAAACUGUGGCUCUACUUUUGUACACAAAACUGGCUCCACAUGUUCUUCCAAUCCUGCAACUGCGUUUUUCGCAUCCCCGUUUGAUUGCAAAAACGGGACUGCUAAGCAAGCUAAGAUUUCAAUGGCAUAUUCCUUCAUACAUAGGCCAUUGAGCGACGAGGCACGCCGCGUCAGCACUCCCUUGGUGGUCACUUGCAAUGACCAGAGACGGGAGGUCUCCGUUGCCCAGAACAUCGCUAACAAGGAAAUUGACCGCACCGUUGCAUUCGACAAGGUGCUAGGUCCAAAGUCUCAACAGCAGGACGUCUUCAACCAUGCUGUUGUGCCACUUGUCAGCGAGGUUUUGGACGGUUAUAAUUGCACAAUAUUUGCAUAUGGCCAGACUGGAACUGGCAAAACAUACAUAAUGGAAGGAGGAGGGGGCAAAGCACUGAAUGCUGACCUCCCGACUGAUGCUAGUGUCAUUCCAAGUGCUGUUAAGCGCAUAUUUGACAUCCUCGAGGCACAGAGUGCAGAGUACAGCAUGAAGGUUUCUUUUCUUGAGCUGUACAAUGUGGAGCUCACUGAUCUUCUAGCUCUACAAUGAGAUUGCAAGAACGGGACUGCUAAGCAAGCUAAGAUUUCAAUGGCCUAUUCCUUCAUACAUAGGCCAUUGAACCGGAAGAUUUUGUCGGUAUUCGGUAACUAUAGGAUCAUGUGGUUGUUGGUCGAGUUGGACCAAUUAUGCUGGCUCAUUUGUUGGAUGUUUUGACAAGUCGAUUCUAGCUUCCUUAUGAUCUAUGUUAGAUUUGGUAAUGCAUACCAGUUAGUAAAGCAUUUAUGAUGUACAUUGUUAUACAUAGAGCUUUACAUCACAAAAAUUAUCAGUUUCCCUCAGUUACGAUAUGCAUUUAGUAUUUAUCGUAUUUUGAAAAUUAAUAACCUAUUAUACUAUGAUAGGCUUGACUUCAUGUUUAUCUAAAUAACUUAGUGCGAUGAUGCUUGAAAACUUAUCUUCCAUUUUGCCAGAUCAAUGAAUAAAAGGAUUAUUCAUAUCAAUGUCCAUGCACCUUCUCAGAAAAUCCUUUUGUGAUGUUGGUGUUGGUUUCCUGGACCUGUACUGGUACAUAUGCUAAGUCAUCCACAAAUCUGACCCAGAAUUGUACCGUUCUUUUUAUAGCCAUGUUUGGUACUUGUUUGAGUGCUCCAUAGUUCGCAAGUUUUUUUGUUAUGAUGUAUUUUGACAUUUGAAUCUCAGACAUGCUUAGGAACUACUGAUUUGAAUUUAUGGGCUAACAGUUCCAGUAUUUCAAAUAGAAAGUAUGCUAUAUCAAAUAAGUUGAUGAUACUUUUGGUACUGGAGAAUGAAGCUAGACUGCAUUUGAUAUUAGAAGUCUGUUUGUCUGAUUGCAGUUGAUUAUAAAGAAGCUAGAGCUGAUAUUAGAAGUCUGAUAUUAGAAGUCUGUUUGUCUGAUUGCAGUUGAUUAUAAAGAAGCUAGAGCUUCCAGUCAAGUUUGAUAUUAGAAGUCUUCUUUUGCUUUUACAUUUUGUUUUUUUAUGAUCUUGAUCUUAGAAGCAGGGUUUUGGUACCAGCUUAACUAAUUUUUCUGAAGUUUUAUGUUCUUACUUUAAUUAUAACUAGAUGAUUGCAAUAAGAUAUCAUGAGGCGCGCCGAGGAGAACAGGGGCCUCCUCUCCGCCUCCUCCUUCGACAGGCAGCUGCUGCGGAAGGAGGUGGUGAGGAGGGUCAAGGCCGCGGUGGCGGGACGUGAGUGAAGUGAGCUUUGUCGAGCCUAUAUGUGGAGGUCAGUCAUGAAGCUGGGACUAGGACAAGGGCGAGCUGAAGGCUAGAAGCUGUAAAUGCACCCUUCAAGAGUCUUCAUAGGCCAAGUCUCUACGUAGGUGUUGACAAAAAGGAAAAUUCAUGACAAUGCGUUUAUAUGAGAUUGUCCAAUAUCGAAACCAAGAAUACAUUGGGGACAACUGUAUUCGAUUUUUGUUUCUCUUUCGUGGAGUAUUACUGAAAUAUAUGCUUCCAGUGUUGAAGUUUCCAAAUUAAA